UUUCCAACGUGUGUAUAUUAUAUUUUGGGCAGUGAGUUUUGUGAACGAUUCAGUUAUUAUGGUUUAAGAACCAUAUUGGUUAUCUAUUUAACAAAAUGGCUGCUAUACAGUAGUGACGAUGCUACCAUUAUUUACCAUUCUUUCUGUAUGUUAUGUUAUCUCUCUCCGCUUCUUGGUGCCAUCAUUGCAGAUGGAUAUCUUGGAAGAUACAAGACUAUUAUGUAUUUAAGUAUAGUAUAUGCCAUUGGUAAUAUAGUGUUAUCAUUAACUGCUCUACCACCAACAGAAGUCUAUCUUUAUUAUAGAUAUGGUCCUAUUAUUGGUUUGAUAUUAAUAGGGAUAGGAACUGGAGGAAUCAAACCAUGUGUAUCAGCUAUGGGAGGGGAUCAGUUCUCUUCAGAUCAGGUGAAAGAAAGAUUGGCGUUUUUCUCCUUAUUUUACUUUAUGAUUAACUUUGGGAGUAUGUUAUCAACAGUUAUUUCCCCUGUUCUACGAGCUGAUGUACAUUGUAUAAAAGACAGUUGUUAUCCAUUGGCUUUUGGUGUACCAGCUUUACUCAUGAUCAUUGCUUUAGUGAUAUUCUGGGCUGGGAGAAAACAAUAUAAACAUGUACUUUUAACAGGUAAUGUUAUAGGCCAGGUAGCUGCCUGUAUCAUGGUAAGUUCUAAGAAGAAGAAAUCUCAUUGGUUGAACCAUGCUGAGGACAAAUAUGAGGUAGAGUUUAUAUCUGAUGUUAAACAAGUAUUAAAAGUUUUAUGGAUAUUUUUACCAUUACCAGUAUUCUGGGCUCUGUUUGAUCAACAGGGGUCACGAUGGACUUUACAAGCUGAGCAGAUGGAUGGACAUGGAAGUUUAGGGAGAAUCAAACCAGAUCAACUCCAAGUUUUAAAUCCAAUUCUUAUUUUGAUUUUCAUACCAAUUUUUCAACAUAUAGUAUAUCCCUUGUUAGAUCGUUGUAAGGUUCCAAAUAGACCAAUACAGAAAAUGGUGGUUGGAAUGAUAUUUGCUUGUGGGGCUUUCAUCAUAGCAGGCUUUGUACAGAUCAAAUUAGAUGUAAGACUUUAUAGAGCUUAUUUAUGUUACUCCUCUGAUCUCCAUUAUUCUCCAAGAUACACACUGUAUGGCAUAUCCUGUUUUAUUACUUUUUUUUGUCCAGAAAGGAAAGCAUUUAAGAAAGUAGGAUAUAAAACUCAAGUUCUUUUCUUUAAGAACAAAAAAAUAGAAUGUAAAACUCAAAUUCAUUUCAUUUUAUGUAUCAGAAACAGAAAAGUAAGAUCUAAAAUUCUAUUCUAUUUCAUUAGCUCUAUCAAGACAGAAAUGUUGGAUUUUAAAAUCAAAGGGAAAAAACCAAAAGCUGGAAAAUCACAAAUAAGUAUGAUAAGUUACCUACCUCUCCAAGAAGAAGUGUCAGUAGAUAUAAAAUCCUCAGAACAUAUAUACAGUAUUAAUAUAACACAUAGUAAUAUCAGUCAAUAUCAUUCUAUAGAACCUGGCAGCUAUGGAAUCUAUUUACCAGACCAAAAUGGAACUAGUAGUUAUAGUUAUCCAGUCACAUUAGGUAGUGGAGCUGUUUAUACUUUAAUUUUAACAGCCAAAGAUCUCCAGAAUUAUGAUCCAAGAUCUGUUGAUAUUUUGACCUAUACCAGUGUAAAUGUAAAUGAGAUGUCCAUGUUGUAUAUGAUACCUCAGUAUAUAGUUAUUACUAUAGGAGAGAUCUUGUUCUCUAUCACUGGUCUCUCUUUUGCUUAUAAUGAGGCACCUACAUCAAUGAAAUCAGUGGUUCAAGCUGGUUGGCUGAUGACUAUGGGUAUUGGGAAUCUCAUCGUGGUGUUUGUUGCUGAAAUCUCUCUUCUUCCUAGUCAGACAGCUGAGUUUUUUCUAUUUGCCAGUUUAAUGGGUUUGGACAUUAUAAUAUUCAGUAUCAUGUCAUGUUUUUAUAAAUAUUCUUACACCAGU